GAAGUUUGCAUGGGCCGCGGCGAGGGUGCGCGACGCGCUGCUUACGCAUAUUUCCACCAUAUAAAACGUGCGCGCAGCACUCUCGCAGCAGUUUGUGACAGGUACCCGACGCAGGCGCAUCCUCCACGACAAUGCAUCUAUUAGCAGCAGCAGUGGUGGCGCUGGUGGCGGCGGCGCACGCGCAGUUCCCCAACGGACGCAUCCUGGAGCCGCCCGUGCCCUCCCAGUGCGUGCAGCGCGUCAUCCACGAGCGAUACGCUGACAACAAAGGGUAUUUCUUCUCGUGGAGAGAGCCAGCGCUGCGCGGCGUGGAGGAGGACUGGCUGAGCGCGCGCAACUACUGCCGCCAGCGCUGCAUGGACCUCGUGUCGCUGGAGACCAGCAACGAGAACGAGUGGGUCAAGGCCCGCAUAGUGCAGGACAAGGUCAAGUACAUCUGGACAUCCGGUCGCAUGUGUGACUUCAAAGGCUGCAACCGGCCCGAUUUGCUACCUAACGAGGUGAACGGGUGGUUCUGGACCGCAGAGCUGCAGAAGCUGGCGCCCACCACCAACCGCCAGCAGAACGACUGGUCCGAGGGCGGCGGCAUCGGCAAGCCUCAACCCGACAACAGGGAGCUGAUCCAGGGCGGCGCGGCCGAGCACUGCAUCGCCAUCCUCAACAACUUCUACAACGACGGCGUGCACUGGCACGACGUGGCGUGCCACCACCGCAAGCCCUUCGUCUGCGAGGAAAACGACGCGCUGCUCAAAUACGUCCGCUACACCAACCCCAACCUCAGGGUCUAACAAUCCCUUCUCCCCUUACUCAAAUCUCGACACCACUUCUCGGAUGUGAUAAAUUAUGAAACAAGAAAUCAAAGACAUUAAGCUAAGGUAACCCUCAUAUUUCGACUUGUGUCGAGACUGUCGAGAGUUAAGAAUCUUGUUCGUUUAGAAACAUAGCUUUAACAUUACCUCGUUGUCAAUCAGUGAAAACCAAACAUUGAGUUACAGAUGUAGUGGGAAAAGAUUUGCCUUCGUAUUGUUACGGAAACGUACGAACGAGUCAUGCUAUUUCAGUCCGUCUCAGUACAAUAUGUACUGACAUUGACUGAAUUAGCAUGACAAAUACGAACGUUUUCGGAACAAUACGAAGGAAACCCUUUUGGCACUACAUUUGUAUAUUGUUUUUAAUGCAGUAAACGAGUUUACUUUGCAUUUCUACGCAUAGAAACGGUGCUAUGUUUUAUUAAGUACGUGAACUCAUUUUCCUUGAAGUAAAUAGUUUUAUUUAUAUUUAUUUCAGUAUUUUUAAUUUACGAGUAAUCACUAUUGCGGCAGUUAAAUGUUCUACAUUAUAAGUAUUCACAACUUUAAAUAAAGACUGCUAUAAUUUAUACUUGAA